AUGCGAGGGCAUGGAAAGAGUGACUAUCCCGAAGACCAAGCAGCGUACAGCGAAGCACAUACCGUCGAAGACAUCGGCGCCAUUCUGGAUGAAACCUGCGGCCAUGGAAUCAAAGCAAUUGUUGGCGGUCUUUCUCUGGGCGGAUACAUGAGUCUCGCCUUCCACAGAGCAUAUCCGGAGAAAGUCACUGCUCUUCUCAUCAUCGACACCGGACCAGGCUUCAAGAAAGAUGCAAGCCGCGAGACGUGGAAUCGAAAGGCGAUUGCCAGUGCAGAUCAUUUCGAUCGAGAGGGCCUUUCUGCUCUAGAGAGCGACAUCACCGGACGCAAACGAAGCACUCAUCGGAAUGCAAAGGGGCUCGUACGUGCUGCGAGAGGUAUGUUGACGCAACGAGACUCGUCGGUGAUUGAAAGUUUAGGGAGCAUCAUGGUUCCUUCGCUCGUGGUUGUGGGCGCGAACGAUACGCCUUUCUUGGCUGCUGCAGAGUACAUGGCGCAGAAGAUCCCAAACGCCAGCAAAAAAUUGGUGCCCAACGGAGGACAUGUAAUCAACAUUGACAAUCCAGAGGGCUUUAUGCAAGCGGUGCUACCGUUCUUGGAGAAGUACGGCUCGCCAAGGGCGUCGUUGUGA